GAAGAAAACAAAACGUAUUUUGCUCAGUUUAUCACAUCUCAGCAUCCUCACGUCACAAGAAAAUAGCUGUGUGACGAUUAGUUUACGUUUGACGAAGGCCGUCGCCGCAUUUGUGACCAAAUAUCAACCGGGAAAGAUAGUUACCAACCCAGACGGUACUUCCCUGCCGGUAACUUAGAGUGGAAAUGACCGGAAUUAUUGUGAAAGCAGCUGCCGAUGCCGAUAAACAUCUGAGCGACAUUACGGCUAUCGUGUACUCUAAGGAGCACAUUUUCACCUCCGGCGGAGACGGAAAAGUGAAGAUAUGGACCAAAGAUCUAUCGCUCGAGAAGGAAGUGGCCGUUCACGAAGCCUGGAUUUACGCAAUGGUCGUAGACUCUUUAGGUCGAAUAUAUACCAGCAGCUGUGAUGGCACGAUUCGUUGUCUACUGAAUCCACUGCAGUCGAAUGAUAUCAAGGAACUACUAAAGUGCAGUGACGAGAUCGAGUCUCUUUUCGUUGACAGCAAAGACAAUCUGUGGAGCGGAGACGACAAGGGCCUCGUUACUAUGUGGGUGGACCACAAGAUAAAGUUCAAGUUCAAUCUGGUAGAACAAGUUCGUUCGAUAGCUAUUCAAAACAAUUGGAUAUACUCAAUUAGAGACAAUGACUUGACGAUUACGGAAGUGCUGGAAGGUUCCUCGACCGGCCGAUAUAUAACCAAGGCUACCAUUCCGGGGAAAAGUCCUGUCGCACUGUGCGGAACCAAUUGCAACGGAGUUUACAGUAACGUUUCAAUUAUCACUCGCGAUGGAUUGGGAAUCACUUUUAUCAAAAAUAAUAGCAAAGAACAUUUUUCUGUUCUUUGGACCAAAGAGAAAGCGCAUGAUAUGAUCAUCAACUGCAUUCUGGGAGCUGACGAGCUGCUCUACACAGCCGGUUACGAUGGAUUUGUAAAGCAGUGGACCGGUCUGGAUAAGGACCCAAAACUGGCAGGAGAAGUAAAUGUUGGUAGUGGUUGCCUCAACGCUUUGUGUUUGGGUUCGGAGCGGACUACCGUUUACGUAGGUGGAAGCGACGGGCUGCUGAAGGUGGUGAAUUUCUCCUAGAACUCAUAAGAGGCAAGUGAGAAUGUGAAAGCAAACUACACAAACAGAGCACACUACAGUGUUACCAACGUGCCAUCGGAACGAGCAUUCAAACUUGCCAGGUUUAUAUGCCUAACGGGGGAGCAGACAGAUAUUUAAUGUGACUUUUUUUUCCUAACUAACACGGAAAUAGCAUAAGUAGAGUGAACCAAAGCAAAAUCGGUUUUGUCUUUUACAGAACUAUUAUUAAGUUGUUCAUUUAUCUAAGAUUUAUCAUCUGAAAUAAACCUCUCGA